CAACAAUUUCCGAACACAGUGGCACGUCCCCAUCGAACAACACCUGGUCCAUGGAAAUCCAUGCGCUGGUGGAUGGUGCAGUCGUGUGAUAGCUGUUGUAGUUCAUUGCUCGAUUGGAAGCAACACAGUCAUGACGACUAAGAAGGAGAAGACUCCUCUAUUGACCGUCGCGGCGUCCACGUCGGCUGCGCCGUUGUUCGCCACCACCGCGCCGGAAGAUUACCGCGGGUGCGGGUCGGCGAUCUUCUUCACGUGGCUCACACCGCUGAUGGAUCUUGGCAGCAAGAAACCCCUCGAAUUCGAAGACCUGUAUCAACUGGAUCAAGAGAAUCGCGCCACGCACAUUGCGACGCGUUUCGGGCACUUCUGGACCCUCGAGCAAGCAAAAGCGUCGCCGAGCCUGUCGUGGGCGCUGGCGCGGUCGUUCGGUCGACCGUUCGUCCUCGCCGGAUUCCUCCGCCUCGUGCGCAGCACGCUGCAGUUCACGGCCCCCGUGGUCAUCAAGAAGACGAUCGCGUACCUUCGGAACCCCGACGCCGAUCCGUUCGACGGGUACGUGCUCGUGGCGGCCAUCUUCGUGUCCGGCGUCGUGUCGUCGUUCUGCUUUCGGCAAUACAUGUACUACGUCAAGGAGACUGGCCUCCGCUUCCGCAGCGCAUUGGUGGACCAAGUGUUUGCCAAGUCGCUGCGGCUGUCGAGUCGGGCGCAGCAGCGGCGCUCGACGGGCGAGAUCACCAACCUCAUGUCCAUCGACGCCUCGCGGAUCCAGCGCCUCACGGUGGACCUGCACACAGUGUGGGUCGUGCCGUACCUGAUUCUCAUCUCGUGCUUCAUGCUGUACGCCGAGCUGGGUAUUUCAUUCGUCGCGGGCAUCGUCGUCAUCUUGCUUGUGAUUCCCAUCACGUUGUGCCUGUCCCGCGUCAUGAAGCGUCUGCAGAAAGCGCUCAUGGAAGUGAAAGAUCGCCGCGUGAAGCUGUGCUACGAAGUGCUGGCCGGGAUCAAAGUGAUCAAGCUGCAGGCGUGGGAGCUCAGCUUUACCAAGCGCGUGAUGGACUACCGCACGGACGAGCUCGACAAGUUCAAGGCGUAUAUUAUCACCCAGGCCAUCUCGAGCGCCGUCUACAACGGCGUGCCAUCGCUCGUGGCCAUGGCGUCGUUCGUGUCGUACGUUGUGCUUGGCAACGCCCUCGACGUGAGCACCGCGCUCACGUCCCUCGCGCUCUUCAAUGUCCUCCGAUUUCCCCUUUUCAAACUGCCCCAAGUCGUCAACGCCGUCGUCGAGGCAUCUGUAAGCGUCCGCCGCCUCCGCGAGUUCCUCCUCGACGACGAACGCGUCGAGGUGCCCGUCGGCCCCCUCGUUGACCCCGGGAUCGUCCUCGACCACGUCGAUUUUUCAUUUGACGAGUCGUCUGUCCCCGCCCUCCACGACGUAUCUCUAUCUCUCCGGUCCGGCGACCUCCUCGCCGUCGUCGGCGCCGUCGGUAGCGGCAAGUCCACGCUCCUCCAGGGCAUCCUGGGCGACGCCACAUGCAGCGCCGGCCGCGUGUUCCGUCGCGGCAACGUCGCGUACGUGAGCCAGCAGCCAUUUGUCCAGAAUGCGUCGUUAAGGGACAACAUUCUGUUUGGCUUGGCGUUCGACCACCGCCGGUACGAGCGCGCUAUCGCCGUCAGCUGCCUCGUAGACGACCUCGCCAUGCUCCCAUUUGGCGACCGGACCGAGAUUGGCGAGAAAGGUAUCAACCUCAGCGGCGGUCAGCGCACGCGCGUGGCGUUGGCCCGCGCCAUCUACCAAGACGCCGACGUGUACUUGUUUGACGACGUGCUUGCCGCCGUCGACAGCCACGUCGGCGCCGACAUCUUUCGGCAAUGCAUGCUCGACAUGCUCCAUGAUAAACUGGUCGUCAUGGUGACUAACAACCUGGGGGUGUUGGCGCAUUGCAGUCGCAUUCUCGUGCUGGACCAUGGCCACGUGGUGCAGCAAGGGUCGUACACCGACCUCAUGGACGCCAAACUCCAACUGGCCGAGAUGGUCGCGAAGUUUCAGGGCGGAUCCAGCAGUCUGGACGUUGUACAUGAUGACGUGAUCGCCGUCAAUGUCGCAGGGGCCCAUCUUCCCGUUGACGACGAAGACGAUGCAGCCGCGGAUCGGGCGGCGGGGGCUCAGGUUGACGCAGCCGUCGUCCGCCGCACAAUCACCCUCAGUGACGUCGGCGACGACGACGACGAAGACACGACCCAAGUGGUUCCGUCGGCCGCGCUGAUUGUCCAGGAGGACCGAUCCACGGGUCAAGUGGGGUGGCCCAUCUAUUCGGUGUGGAUCCAAGCGAGCGGCGGGCUCGUGGCGGCGUAUGGGGUGCUCGUCGUGUACCUUGUCGCACAGGGUAUGACGCUGUCGUCGACGUUGUGGCUGUCGCAGUGGUCCAACCACCCUCUGCCGUCGGACCAGUCGUUCUACCUGACCAUGUUUGUGGCACUCAACGUCGCGUACAUCUUGUGCCUGUUCUUCCGCGCCGUGAGCAUCUACCUCUUUGGGCUCGUGGGGGCCAAAGUACUGUUCCAGCGCCUCAUCACGCAAAUCCUGCGCUCGCCCAUGGCCUUCUUCGAUACGACCCCCCUCGGCCGCGUCGUCAAUCGCCUCUCAAAGGACAUGUACACGACCGACGAAGACAUUCCAUCUUCGUUCGGGUCCAUCCUCACGGCCGCGAUCGCCGCCGCUUCCACCAUCGCCACCAUCGUGUACGUCACGCCCAUGUUCAGCGUCGUGCUCGUGCCCGUGGGGUGGUGGUACCUGUCGGCACAGCAGUUUUUCAUUGCCACGUCCCGCGAACUGCAGCGACUUGACUCGAUCUCCCGCAGCCCCGUGUAUGCAUUGCUCACCGAAACGCUGGACGGCAUGAGCACCAUCCGAGCGUACGGCGUCGAGUCGGCGUUCCUUGGCCGGCUGCGUACGCUCCUGGACACCAACCAGCGCGCGUACUUGCUCAACUUUGCCGUCAACUGCUGGCUGGGGCUGCGGCUCGAGUUUACCGGCACUAUCAUCGCCACGUUUGCCGCGUUCUUUGCCGUGUGGACCAAACCCACGCAGUCGGGGGGCGCAUUUGCUGGCCUCGCGGGUGUGUCGCUUUCCUAUGCGUUUCAAAUCACGCGCAGUUUGAACAUUGGCGUCACCACCCUCAGCGAACUCGAGACGGAAAUGGUGUCGGUCGAGCGCAUCCAUGCGUACACGAUGCUGCCGUCCGAAGCCGCGCUGCGGACCCGCGCCCACCAACGCCUGGAGCGAGUCGUCCCCCCGACCGCGGCGUGGCCCGCCCGCGGCCGCAUCGUGUUUGAUAACGUUACGUUGCAGUACCGCGCGGGGCUGCCGCCCGUGCUCCGCCAGCUCACGUUUGCGAUUGAACCCCAGGAAAAGAUUGGAAUUGUCGGACGUACGGGCGCGGGCAAGUCGAGCCUCGUGGUCGCGCUGUUGCGACUGGUUGAAGUGCAAAGUGGGAUCAUCUACAUUGACGACGUCGACGUGUCCCUCGUGGGUCUGCACGACCUUCGCGAACAGAUUGCCAUCAUCCCCCAAGACCCAGUGCUCUUUUCAGGCUCGGUACGGUCAAAUUUGGACCCGUUCAACUUGUACGACGACGACGCAUUGUGGGCGUCGCUGAGACGAUCGCAUUUGGACCACAAGGUGGGUAGUUUGGAGGAUGCCGUGGAAGAACGCGGGUGGAAUUUCAGCGUCGGCGAGCGGCAGUUGCUGUGCAUCGCCCGCGCACUCCUCAAGAACACGCGCAUUUUGGUCAUGGACGAAGCCACGGCGUCCAUCGACGCCACCACGGACGCGGCGCUGCAGGCCACGAUGCGCGUCGAGUUUGCCGCGUGCACUGUGCUUACGAUCGCCCAUCGCAUCAACACGAUCCUCGACUCGUCGAGAAUCCUCGUCAUGGACCAGGGAGGGGUCGCCGAGUUUGACACGCCCGCGGCGUUGCUCCAGAACGAGAGCGGGAUCUUCUCGAGCCUCGUGUCGCACUGGCGAGACGACGCGCCGUCGAGCCCCGUGGCUUAAAAAAAGUGAUAAUUCAACCACUCAAAUCAACAAUUCCUAG